AGAUCAGGCUGGGGAUUAUGGCAUCCACCAUGCACAGCAUUAUGAUUUUCUGCUUCAUUCUUUGGUCACUGUAUAAAGGGUCACUUUCAGCUGUACAGUUUAACGUCAUAUCAAUAUCAUCAGUUGUUGCUGCACUUGGAUCAGAUGUGCUGUUACCUUGUCACCUUAUUCCUGAGAUGAACGCAGAGAAGAUGGAAAUCCGUUGGUUUAAGCCUAUGUACCGGCCCUAUGUUCAUCUUUAUAUUAAUGGGAAAGACGAUUACACAGCCCAGAUGCCACAGUUUGCUCAAAGAACAGAACUGCUAAAAGAGAACAUCACUAGAGGAAUUUUCCCUUUAAAGAUCCGUAACGUCACAGCUGAGGAUUCUGGGGAAUAUUAUUGUUUUGUUGAGUCCAGUGACCAUCACGGCAAAGCAGCAGUACAGCUACAGGUUACUGGUAAGUGA